AUGAACUUUGUUCGCGGCGUAUUCUCGAGCACGCCGACAAUUAGUGCGUUGCCCAUCAGAGAGUCGGCAGUGCCGCUCAGCUACGUGCUCUCAAGCUUCCGUUGGCACCUUGACUCACGGCCUCCCAGCAAGGCCAUCCUCGUGCAUGAUUUCUUGGGCUCGUCUGUGGCGUGGCAGCAGCUGCUACACAAGAACCUCGGGAGGCUUCCACUCUCAAACCUCACACUAAAGACGCCACUAGAGCUCUACGCUGUGAACCUGCGUGAACACUACCUCUCAAAGGGACUUCCAUGCCCGGCGGAAGCAAAGAAUUACGCUCUGGCUUGCGCGGCCGACAUUGUGCUGCACCAGCGCCAAAUUCUGCGGAGUGAUGCGAAGCUGGCUGGUCUUGGUUUUGGUGCGCUUGUGGCGUGCCAAGCUGCGCUGCACUCACCAGAGUCUGGCUUUGAAUCCCUAACACUCUUCGUGAAUGAUCCCUCGCAGUUGGUGGCCUGUGACCCGUCACAAUACCCCACGGCUUCUGUUAUUCUUGGUGUACCGAAGGAAAUAAAGACACUGGCCGAGCUAAAUAGGCAUCUGAGUAAAACUGUGCCAAAUCCGGUUGAGCGGGCGCUAAUUUUCGCGUCGGCGGAACAGCGGGAUGGUGCAAUUAGUUUCCGCUUUGGCAAGGAGCUGCUGGGCCUUCAAGGCCCACUACAAGGAGCCGUAGGUGUCGGCGAAAGGGUCCAAUUCCUGAAACAGGUCACAGUGGUUCAGUGCAGCGAUGCGGUGUUUCCACAGGAGGCGAAGGAUCGCUUCACCAAACACUUCCCUAACGCGACGUUUUUAAAAUUCGAGGGUGACCGUAGCGCGGGACUGAGUGGUCUGUACCUGCAGGGUGAGCCGUUUGUUGGCACCCUCCUCAGGACGAUGAACAUGCUUGCCGAGGCAGAGAAUGGGGAAGGAAACAAAUAA